UGAAAGGGAUUAUCUUUCAAAGGGAUUUUCCUUCCGGAAUCAGACCAUAGAGAUGUCGCAAACAAAAGAGUGGAGCAAGGCAAGGCAAGUGAUGGUUUUGAUUACAUUGAUGCUCUUGUGGGAGGUGGGUUCGGACUCAAUUCAGUAUGCCAUUCUGGAGGAGACAGAAAGUGGCACGUUUGUGGCCAACUUGACGAAGGACUUGGGACUGAGGGUGGGAGAGCUGGCUGCUCGGGGAGCUAGUGUGGUUUUCAAGGGGAACAGACAAUAUUUGCAGCUUGAUGCACGGACCCAGAAUUUAGUGCUAAAUGAAAGACUGGACCGGGAGACGCUGUGUGGCUCCACGGAGCCUUGUGUGCUGCCUUUCCAGGUGUUGCUAAAAAAUCCUUUGCAGUUUUAUCAAGCGGCACUGAGAGUAAUAGAUAUAAAUGACCACAGCCCAGAGUUUCCUGCCAGAGAAAUGCUCCUUAAAAUAUCGGAGGUGACUGCCCCAGGGAAGACAUUCCCUUUGAAAAUGGCGCAGGACCUAGACGCUGGCAGCCACGGCAUUCAAAGCUACACUGUCAGUGACAACCAUCACUUCCACGUACUCACUCGCAACCGCAGUGAUGGCAAGAAGUUUCCAGAACUGGUGUUGGACAAGGCACUGGAUCAUGAGAAACAGGCCCAGCUCAGACUAACGCUCACUGCGGUGGACGGCGGGUCUCCGCCCAGGUCAGGGACCACAGAGAUUCAAAUACUAGUAUUGGAUAUAAAUGACAACACGCCCGAAUUUGCUCAGGAGCUCUAUGAGGUGCAGGUCCCUGAGAACAACCCCAUUGGCUCACUGCUUAUUACUGUCUCAGCAAGAGAUUUAGACACAGGAUCCUUCGGAGAGGUGUCUUAUGUACUGUUUCAAGAUGAUGAUGUUAACGAGCCUUUUGAAAUAAACACAAAGACAGGAGAAAUUCGACUGAGAAGCGCUUUGGAUUUUGAAGCAUCUCAGUUUUACCAUGUGGAUGUUGAGGCCAUAGAUGGUGGCGGGCUAACAGGAAAAUGCUCUUUAGUCGUCCAGGUAUUAGACGUGAAUGACAAUGCCCCGGAAGUGAUCUUAUCAUCACUCACCAGCCCCAUCCCUGAAAAUUUGCCAGGCAUCAUAGUGGCAGUAUUCAGCGUUUCAGAUGCAGACUCGGAAAAUAACCAGCAGGUUAUGUGUUCCAUAGAAGAUAAUCUUCCAUUUAUUCUAAGGCCAUCUAUGGAGAAUUUCUACACUCUGGAAACCGAUGGGGCACUAGACAGAGAGAGCAGAGCCGAGUACAACAUCACCAUCUCCGUCUCCGACAUGGGCUCACCCAGGCUCACAACCCAGCACACCAUAGCAGUGCAGGUGUCCGACGUCAACGACAACGCCCCCGCCUUCACCCAAUCCUCCUACGCCCUGUCUGUCCGUGAGAACAACAGCCCCGCCCUGCACAUAGGCUCCAUCAGAGCCACAGACUCAGACUCUGGCUCCAACGCCCACAUCACCUACUCGCUGCUGCCGCCCCAUGACCCGCAGCUGGACCUCAACUCUCUCAUUUCCAUCAACGCAGAUAACGGGCAGCUGUUCGCACUCAGGGCGCUGGACUAUGAGGUCAUGCAGAACUUCGAGUUCCGCGUGGCCGCCACAGACCAAGGCUCUCCAGCUCUCAGCAGCCAGGCGCUGGUUCGAGUCCUGGUGCUGGACGACAAUGACAAUGCGCCCUUCGUGCUCUACCCUCUGCAGAACGCCUCUGCGACCUUCACUGAGCUGCUGCCCAGGGCGGCGGAGCCUGGCUAUCUGGUCACCAAGGUGGUGGCUGUGGACCGCGACUCUGGCCAGAACGCCUGGCUGUCAUUCCAGCUGCUCAAGGCCACGGAGCCAGGGCUGUUCAGCGUGUGGGCACACAAUGGCGAGGUGUGCACCACCAGGCUGCUGAGUGAGCGCGAUGCCCCCAAGCACAGGCUGCUGCUGCUGGUCAGGGACAAUGGCGAUCCUCAGCGCUCUGCCAGUGUCACUCUGCAUGUGCUGUUGGUGGAUGGCUUCUCCCAGCCCUACCUGCCUCUGCCAGAGGUGGCGCGCGACAUGGAGCAUGAUGAAGAUUCACUAACACUCUACCUGGUCAUAGCCUUGGCAUCUGUGUCUUCACUCUUCCUCCUUUCUGUGCUGCUGUUCGUGGGGGUGAGGCUGUUCAAGAAGGCCAGGGCGGCCUCACUGGGUGUCUGCUCUGUGCCUGAGGGACACGUUCCUGGCCACCUGGUGGACGUCAGCGGCGCUGGGACCCUGUCCCAGAGCUACCAGUAUGAGGUGUGUCUGAGGGGAGACUCUGGGACUGGUGAGUUCGAAUUUCGAAAGGCAAUUAACCCCUACUUCCCUCCUUUGGAAUCUGAGGUGAAAACAGAGAAAAGUCCUACCCUUCGGAAUAGCUUUUCAUUCAUCUAA